AAAGUUGUUCUCAGCAGCUGUUCAACAGAGCCAUCCUUUUGGAAGUUAUUCUUUUUGCUAAAAUGGAAAGUUUUCUCCACACAUUUACCCAAUUUUUUCAUUAGGUUACAUGAUAACAUAACAAAAAAAUGAAAUCAGGACAACUCAUUUCAUUUGGAGACACAGGUGACACUUAGGAGAGCUGAUCUUACAUCUUUGGAGGAAUUAGGUUUAAAUAUCAGUUUUAAAUACUAUGAAUAGUCUCAUCAAACUCAAAUGGUUACAGUUUCCUACAAAUAGUAUAAAACUAGGCCAUUUGUAAAAAUCAUCCUCAUGAGAUUUCGAAUGACAAUGGCAUUUAAAAAAUACCACACUAAUUUAAAAAAAUUAAAGUGAUGUGAAAAGUGUGAAGAAUCAGUCAUUCUUUGAUGAAGAUUAUUGAAAAUUAUAGUUUAAAUGAUUGUUGACUGUGUCAUGUUUAGUACAACGACGUUCAAAAAAUAUUGUAAUAAACAGUAAAUAUUUAUGAAUCAGAAAUAUAGAAAUUACGAUAGUUUACCUAGAAUUAUAUAUUGUUUCAUGAACAGUUUGAAUCAAGAUUUUUUCCAAAACGGUAGCUCGACAUUAGCGCCCCCUUCAGUUCCAGAAAGCAAUGGCACCGUUUCCAUAUAUGGUAUUGUUGUGCCCACUCCCCGCCCCGUGCUACAACUAAGCUAAGCUGUAGCCAACUGUAGUUGUCGAGACACGACCUAGAAGCUGUGCUGUUCUGAGAUAAUUCGGUAGACUUGCUGUUAGCUAAACACGGCUAAAGAAAACCUGCUACCACUUCAGGAUCAUCCAUCAGCUGGGACUGAUUCAUCGUGUGUUCUUCACCACCUGGACCUGGACAGCAUGGACACAGGUAGGGCUGCCACCUUUCAGAUAUGUAAAUAAGUAAAUGAGUUGGAGAAGUGGUUUUUCUCUUAGACAGCUGUGUUAUUCACACAGGUGUGAAACAUCUGUAAACGCCAGAUCUGGUGCAGGAAAAUGGCUGAACAGGGAGUGGGGACACACUUUGCCUUCUGCGGUUAUUUUCAACAAUAAGAAGCUUCAGAAGAACAGAGUGCUCGUGUCAACCACCAGCACCUAGAUUUUCUCCACAAAAAGGAGGAACAGGAGAAACUCUGGUCUAGUAUGGAGGGAGAGCAUCUCCAUUUGAAUAAGGAGACUGAUGCUGCCAGGCUUCAAUCCUUUAGCCAAAAAACACAUUUAAACAAACACACGAGAGUCCAGACAAAGCAGAAACAUUUUGCCUGUGAGCACUGUGGACAAAUGUUUCACCAAAAGACUAAUUUAAACAACCACAUGAGAGUCCACACAGGACUGAAGCCCUUUCCUUGUGAGCUCUGUGGAAAGAAAUUUAGCUUAAAGUCAACUUUAAACACACACAUGAGAGUCCACACAGGACAGAUGCCUUUUGCUUGUGAGCUCUGUGGACAAAGAUUUAACCGAAAGUCAACUUUAAACAGUCACAUGAGAGUCCACACAGGAGAGAAAUCUUUUGUCUGUGAGCUCUGUGGAACAAGAUUUAGCCAAAAGACAAACUUAACCACACACAUGAGAGUCCACACAGGAGAAAAGCCCUUUCCUUGUGAGCUCUGUGGAAAGAAAUUUAGCUUAAAGUCAACUUUAAACAUUCACAUGAGAGUCCACACAGGACAGAUGCCUUUUGCUUGUGAGCUCUGUGGACAAAGAUUUAGCCGAAAGACAAAUUUAAACAGUCACAUGAGAGUCCACACUGGAGAGAAGCCUUUUGCUUGUGAGCUCUGUGGUAAUAGAUUUAGUGAAAAGGGAAGUUUAAACACACACAUGAGAGUCCACACUGGAGAGAAGCCCUUUCCUUGUGAGCUUUGUGGAAAGAAAUUUAGCUUAAAGUCAACUUUAAACAGUCACAUGAGAGUCCACGCUGGACAGAAGCCUUUUGCUUGUGAGCUCUGUGUAAAAAGAUUUAGCCAAAAGACAGAUUUAAACAAACACAUGAGAGUCCACACUGGAGAGAAGCCUUUUGCUUGUGAGCUCUGUGUAAAAAGAUUUAGCCAAAAGACACAUUUAAACAGUCACAUGAGAGUCCACACUGGAGAUGAGCCCUUUCCUUGUGAGCUCUGUGGAAAGAAAUUUAGCUUAAAGUCAACUUUAAACAGUCACUUGAGAGUCCACACAGGACAGAUGCCUUUUGCUUGUGAGCUCUGUGGACAUAGAUUUAGCCGAAAGACACAUUUAAACAGUCACAUGAGAGUCCACACUGGAGAGAAGCCUUUUGCUUGUGAGCUCUGUGUAAAAAGAUUUAGCCAAAAGAUAAAUUUAAACAGUCACAUGAGAGUCCACACUGGAGAGAAGCCUUUCGCCUGUGAGCUGUGUGGUAAUAGAUUUAGUGAAAAGGGAAGUUUAAACAGUCACAUGAGAGUCCACACUGGAGAGAAGCCCUUUCCUUGUGAGUUCUGUGGAAAGAAAUUUAGCUUCAAGUCAACUUUAAACAGACACAUGAGAGUCCAAACUGGACAGAAGCCUUUUGCUUGUGAGCUCUGUGUAAAAAGAUUUAGCCAAAAGACACAUUUAAACAGUCACAUGAGAGUCCACACUGGCUUUUCGCCUGUGAGUUCGGUGGAAAAGAUUUACCCAAAAGAUCAGUUUAAACGGUCACAAAAGAGUCCAUAAAGGACAGAAGCCUUUUGCUUGUGAGCUCUGUGGAUGAAGGUUUAGCUGAAAGAAAACUUAAAACAAUCAUCUAAGCAUCCACUAGGGCUGAACGAUCUAUUGAAGGCGUCUCCAACCUUUUUUGGCCCGUGGGCUACUUUUACACAAUGAAGUACAGCAGAGUUACUGCCAUAUGAUUUAUUUACAUUGAUAUGUUCCAUGUGUGAAUGUGCUUAUGUUAAACAUGCUAUACUUACUAUAUUAACAUGCAUUGUACUCACAAGUUGAUUUCUCUGUAUUUCAGUAUAUACGCGCUGUGCCAGAGCGUCAGUACUGACACGCGAUCGUUCAUGUUGGUUCAUUUCCUUUAAUGUUUUCUGUCUUUUAUUUGUGCCUGAUGUGUUUCGCUGCUGUGGAGCCGGGCGCAUCACCUUGUCCUCCGGUGACGCACCGAUCACUGAUGCGGCCGCCAAGCAGGGAGCACUCCGCUGUUUUUGCGGUCGGUAGAUCUUUUAGAACUGCAGUUCAAAGGUAACUCAUAAGGUGAAUAUAUAUGAACCCAGGUAGCAGUUUCUCUUUAGGAUUGAGAGGAGAUGCAGGAAGAUAAUAAACAGACAGGACAGAAAAAUAGUUAAAUAAAAACAAGUUAGUUUUUGUACCUGGUUGCAACAAACAGACACCAUUGAAGGUAAUCAGAAGUGUGGAACAGAAAAUGAAAUAAUUAUUUUAAUGUUUAGAGCAGCAGGAACUCCGAGAGGCUGCAGGCGCAUCAGUGAGUUUGCGGCCGCUGCGCAGGGGGAGGGGGGAGAGGGCUGAAGCAGAAACUACCGUUGUUAAAAGAAAUGUGUUUAACUUUGAAAAUGUGGGCGCAAUUUUAAUUGUCAAAAACUCCAGUGAACCAUUAGUUCAUUUUGCUCAAAUAGAAAUAGAGGCCUGCCUCCAAUUCUGGCCCUCCUUCCAAUAAAGGCCUGGAGCUUGAUGUGCUUGAGUCAAAUACAGGCCCGGGCCUGUAUUAGAGGAUUUACAGUAACUUUUUAAGCGCACAGGAACAGCUAACCUGUAAAGCUGAUGAUAUUUUAAAUAAAAUACAAGCUAAAUGUGAUGAAAACACAAAAGUCUAAAUAGUUUGAAUUGAAGUAAAAAAUGUAAAAUCAGAAAUAAGACUUGUUCCUGCUCUCCUGAUGUACUGAAUAAUUUUUAUGGGGGUUUUUUUUUUUUUGGUCAUGAAAGUUAAGUUUUGCUGCGUUUAUUGCUGACAAUAUGAAGGUUGGAGGUUUAUCCUUUUUUCUGCAUCUUGUAGGUUUUUUUCUCCGCACGUCUCUAAAUAAAGUAAAACUUUCUAGUGCAGAGUGGAGACAACCCAUAGAAGCACUGAUUUGAUCUCAUUUCAGAGAAAAAUAGAACAGGUUAGAUGCACCUAAUAAAUAAAACUAUAACAAACUCAGGAAUCUGUUUCUUUGCUUCACUGUUCUGGUGCUGAGAAUAUCACUAAUGCGGAUCAAAGGAGAUACACAGAUGAAUGCACCUCUUAUUUAUUAUUUGGAGACUACAUUUACUGCAGCUGGCAGAGGCAGAGAUUUUUUCUAUAUAUACACGGAAUUUACAGAAUCAUUUUAAAUGUUAAUUGGGGAAGACUGCAGGAGGGAGCGGUAAAAUACAGGGGGUCCCCAGCAAAAACAAACUUGACGAGCCUGAUGAAACCCGCUGGUUUUCCAUCAGGCAGUCACGGGGCAGCUCCAACGACCCAGUGGCUGUGCUGGGUCAAUGUUAUCGAGCUUAGUCCGGCUCGGCCGUGAACGAGCUGAAGCGACGUCGUGCUCUGCUUAAGAAGAGGUGUUUUUUUCCCGCUUUAGAAGAAGCGUUCAACGUGUUUUUACGCUUUCUCCGAGACAUGUCACGUCGCUAAGUUAUUAGCGCCGCGCGCUAACACGUCAAUAGUGCAGCUUAGACUGCUGGAGGCUUUAAGGGUUCAGAUGAAACACCCGACCUCUCAGGCUGCUCACACAUCGAUCUUAAGUUGUCGCUGUUGCGCUCACGCCAUAAUACAGUAUUAGAUGCGGUUAAAGUCAGACAUGAAAAAAUAAAUAAAUUUUACAUGAAUAAGUGAUGCUUAUCCUGGUGGGGAGAGGAAACCCUGUCAAGAUCGUCAACACUCAUUUAUCUUAAUGCUAUUGAAACAUGUAAACCAAAAAGCAUUAUAUCCACUGCUACCUUUAUGCUGUAACUUCACCCUGCCCUGCCUGCUCCUCCUUGCUGCCUGCCGGCUGUGAUCACAAGCAACAACAUAGUAGUUCCCGCUGCUUCCUCGGGAAACAGCUAAAAAAAAAAAAUCAAAACUUGGGAUCUUGUAGGCGUGGCGGUGGGAUUUCAGCCGUGGCGGCCCUCCAUGGCUACGCCUGUGUAAGGGAAACCCUGGUGUAGUUACUGUGUAAAGCAGUAUAUACUAGGAAUGAUUAAUAAAAAUAAAAACUAGAAUUGAACCUGAGUUACAUGGUAAUAACAGUUUAAGAAUUCAGAAACAAUUCACUAACUAAGUAAUUACCAUGUAAGUACUAAGUAAAUAGAGGACUGUAAAAGAAAGCGCUGCCAAUAAUUGUACUUAAUAUGCUUUUAUUUUUGUGUGCUAUGUUCUUUGUCAAUAUUCUUUGAUUUUAUUUUACACAACAUGAUGUGACAUUUUAACUAUUUCAUUUCACUUGUGAUUGUUUUAACUAUGUGAAGCACAUUGGGCUACCGUUUUGUGUAUGAAAUGGGCUAUAUAAUAAACUUGACUUGAGAGAGA